ACGCAUGAGCAACAUCUCGCUGUCCUCCGGCACGGACUCCGUGGGCCACAUGGAUCGCGGCAGCAGCUCCAGUCUCGCUAGCAGCGCUACCGUUGGCACCAACACCAUCACCAGCGGCAUUUCCAAGGAGUGCGCCAAUUACCCCGUCGGCAGUCAGUCGGCCCGUCCAUACGUCCAACUGCCGGGCAUACACAUUUCCAACCCUCCCCAGUACGGGCCAGGGAAUAUGCAGGAAAUAGACGCUGGCAAAAUGGCGCACAACGGCAAGGCACUCACAGGGCGCUACCAUGCCACGCCCACCUAUGGCUUCGACAACGAGCAGAACUACUGCCUGCACACGCAACUUCGAGCUCGAGAACCACACACCGCCGGCAUGUCCCGGCUCUGGACCCAUUGCCAUGACGAACGGAACCAUCCAGUUGCGCCUCCGCGAUGGCGUGCGCAUUGACAUGACUCUGGACAAGGCGGUGCGCGUGCUCAAUCAGCGCAGCAUGGUGGCAGUUGCUAUAUCACGCAACUGCAGCAACUCGGCUUU